CGGCCCCAUUUUUUGCAGGAAAAAAGAAGACGAGAGAGAGAGAGAGAGAGAGAGAGAGAGAGAGAGACGUCGAGAUUGGAGAUGAUCUGAGUUUGCUGAAGAAAAGCAGGCCGCGGAUCAGAAACACACAGCGCGCGAGGCUUUCACACCGGAACAGAUUUCCGUGGUUCUCUCCCGGUUGUCCGGUUGCCCCUCGGCGUUCCUGUGUGUCCCGGAUGUGGACAUGGCCGUGAGGUCGUUAUGGCGUGAGUCAGCGACGGUUUCACUCGGACACAGAGCACACGUGUGAAAGUGCUUCAUCAGUCUGUUUCACUGGAAUACAGAGACGCUGUGAAAAUGCAGACGAGACGGAGAACGUCUUCGUCCUGCAUCGCUUUGUUCCUGUGCUCCGUCCUUCUCUCGCUCGUCCUGCCCAGGUGUGUGUCCUGCGCAGGUACGGACAAAACGGACAAAACGGUGGUGAACAAAGAGGAAUAUUUAAGUGCUAUAAUUAACGCCACUGUGCAGGACAGCAAGGGAAACACCAAGCGUGUGAUAUCCAAGGAGGACGGCAGGUAUGGACAGAACUCGCCCAAAACGGAGGUGACUGGGAUAAUAAUUACACCUGCAGCUGUCAACGGAGUGGUGGACAUGCAGGGCUGCUGUCCGUACACUCGUUUCAUCAUUCCUCCGAAGACGACGCACUGGAUCGCUCUGCUUCAGAGAGGGAAGUGUAUGUUUAAGGAGAAGAUCCUGAAGGCCGCUGCCUUUAACGCCUCCGCUGUGCUCAUCUACAACAACAGCUCCAAGGAGGACACGGUCACCAUGGCUCAUGAAGGUACCGGGGAUACAGUGGCGGUGAUGAUUACUGAGUCGUUGGGGAAAGACCUGCUGUAUUUUGUGGAAAAGAAUGAGACGGUGUGGGUUUCGGUGUCAGUCGGUUCUCGAGGUCCAGUGAAGAACCUGAACCGCGGCUCGCUGGUGUUCGUCUCCAUCUCCUUCAUCGUCCUGAUGAUCAUCUCCUCCGCCUGGCUCAUCUUCUACUUCAUUCAGAAGAUCAGAGAUACUAAUGCACGUGAUCGAAGUCAGCGACGGCUUGGAGACGCGGCGAAGAAAGCCAUCAGUAAACUAACGACUCGGACGGUGAAGAGAGGAGACAAGGAAACAGAACCUGAUUUUAAUCAUUGUGCCGUGUGCAUCGAGGGAUACCAGCUGAACGACGUGGUCCGCAUCUUACCCUGCAAACAUGUUUUCCAUAAGAUGUGUGUGGAUCCGUGGCUGAACGAACACUGCACCUGUCCCAUGUGUAAACUCAACAUCCUCAAAGCUCUGGGCAUCAUGCCAAACCUGCAGUGUGUAGAUAAUGUGGCGUUUGAUAUGGAGCGGAUGACACGCACUCACUCCUCCAGCCAGCGGGUGGCGCUGAUGGACGUGUCAUCUGAGACCAGCGUCAGUGUGGAGCCGCUCACACGCUCCGGCUCGUCUCAGCUGCUGUCCGAGUCAGAGCUCACACACACACACACACACCGUAGCGGGGAGAUCAACAUCGCCGUCACCAGUGGCCAUUUUUUCGGCCGGACCUCGGGGUCUCCUCGCAGUGUGGUGUGUGAGAUGGAGCUGCCCGACAUUCAGACGUCUUUGGACAUGUUCGAUGAGAACAAAUCCUGAGAACACGCUUCCUUCCUGAUGACCUUUGACCCUCGUGCCCCACCCCCACCCCCUGAAGGAGGGGACUGACGUGUUUUCCUGCGGCAGUGAAAGGACUUUCAGGACUCUGGCUUUACAGAGAGUUUGUUUUAUUUGUCGUUUGCGGCUCAGACUCGCUCCGUGUUGAAAAUCUGAAAAUCGUCUUUAGCUCUGUGACGGAGUUUGGGAUGGACAAUCGUGACUGACGGAUGACAUUUAACCCUUUGAGAAAUGAUUUCCGGCUGAUUUUACGGCUCAGGUCGUGUCCCAAACGCUAAGUGUUCGAAGUCGGACCGCUAGCCAACAAGAACAGCUUAAUUAGCUAACAUUCCGCUAGCUAAUCAGCUUAUUAGCAACUAGUGUGUGUGACAGAUUUGACCGCUUGCUAUGUUCCAGAUAACACAGCUUUAACUUCACUACAAUCACAGAUUAGAAAAUAUCUGUGUAACAGUUUAUAUCUAGCUUCAGGAAAUUUCACCAAAUCCUGUGUGUAAAUCAUCGGUGGCUAACGUUAUAUUUAUCUUAAAUAUCUCAUUAGCAGUUGUGAAGAUGUUUAGCUAUUGUUAGCAAAUCGUUCUGCAACACAAAACAACACAAAACGGAUGAAACUGAGUUAUAAUAAAGUUAAAAAAAAAAAGUAAAACAUUUACACAGGAGCAUCAGCUAGCAUUUCAGAGCAUCAGCUAGCAUUAAAUCAGAUUAGCCAGCUAGCAAAAUGUCAUCAAAUAUCAUUAAAGUGCGCAAAAUCCAGUGGAAAUAACUUUUAGUUCAUUUUUUGCAGACUUUCUGAACUUAGCUCCUCGGACUGGUUUAUUGUGUGAACUCCAUACUGAGGGUGCUGAGGAACUUUAAGAUUAAAUGACAGAAAAAUUCCCUCAGGUCUCUGAAACUCAUCCUGAGGUCUACAGCAUGAUGCAGAUUCAUUCUGAUUUUAUACUCCUGUAAAUUUAUUCACAGGUUUUUGCUAAAUUCACAUUUUUCCAUUUAAAACUAAAACUUUUUCCAUAUAAACCUGAUUUAGGGGCGGAGCUAUACCUGAGCUGAGGUGGUGAUGUCACAAAACAGCUUGAUACAUCAGCAAGCUCUUUAUGUCUGAUAUACACGUUUUACUCUCCGGACAUGUUUUGCUAAGUUAGCUAUAGCGCGAGUGUUAGCAUAGCUAGCUAAUUGCUAACACACUUGCUAGUUCUGCAUUUAAUAGUUUAACCUUCCUCAGAUAACUUAGCCCACAUGUUCCUGAAUGAAGAGAUUCCAGGGUUCACAUCAUCGUUUUUCCUCUCCUCAUUUGCACACAGGUUGUGAUUGGUGGAGUUACAGAUGUAGCCCCGCCCCCAAAUCAGUUUCAUACGGAAGUCCUGAGGAAGUUUCUGUUCUAACUGAAAUGAAAGAAAUGGAGAAAAAGUUACAGAUGAUUCGAAAUGUGACAGCAAUAGUGAGGCAGGUUGGCUUGGUAACCCAAGCCGGCUAGAAGGCUAAGGUUCCAAUAGGAACACCAGGGAGGCGGGAACAUUAGCGUUUGGGACGGAGCCGGACGAUCUGAACCUCUUCCUCUUUAUGAGCUCCAUGUAGCUACAGACCACACCCACUCCAGAUGAUCAGCGUUACUUCCGUCUGCAAAUACUAUUUAAACCUGUAACUAACACCACGCCCCGUACGCUGCAGUACUAAUUAUAUAU